CGGGGAAAGGGCGCGCGCCCAGGAAGCAUGGCGCUCUGGCGGGCCUACCAGAGGGCCCUGACUGCUCACCCGUGGAAAGUGCAGCUGCUGACAGCCGGAUCCCUGAUGGGCUUGGGGGAUGUGAUCUCUCAGCAGCUGGUGGAGCGCCGAGGCCUACGGGAGCACCAGGCGGCUCGAACCCUGACCAUGGUUUCUCUGGGCUGUGGCUUUGUUGGCCCAGUGAUUGGAGGCUGGUAUCGAGUUCUGGACCGGCUCGUCCCCGGCACCACCAAGGUGGACGCACUCAAGAAGAUGCUGCUGGAUCAGGGCUGCUUCGCACCUUGCUUCCUGGGUUGUUUCCUGCCCCUGGUUGGGGCGUUCAAUGGGCUGUCAGCACAGGCUAACUGGGACAAGCUUCGGAGGCUCUGGCCUGCUGUGCAGUUGGCCAACUUCUACCUGGUGCCCCUCCAUUACAGGCUGGCUGUUGUGCAGUGUGUGGCUGUGAUCUGGAACUCCUACCUGUCCUGGAAGGCUCAUCGGCUCUAGGCUGUAGGACUUGCAUUGUCCCUAGCAC